AUUUGAUUUGGUUGUGAUCAGAUUUCGGAAUUGAUCUUUAGAGAGCUAUUUAAUCAAAAAUAUAAAUGUAUUGUAUUUCUGAAUAUCUUUCAUGUAAACAAUAUUUUGGAGCGUAGUUCCCGUGUAAAUGCAUUUACUAUAUAAUUAAGUUAAUAUUUAUGGUGCUUUAGUCAGUGAUAAGUGACCAAUUGAUUUAUGAAGAGUUUAGAAUAAAUCGGUGACCUCAACUUUUAACUAGGGGAUGGUGAAUCAUCACUUCAAAUAUCUGGACGUUCUUGUAUUUAAAUAAAAAGCAAACACAGCACCACAAUGGAGUGGUUGUUUGGUCACCGGAUGACUCCGGAGGAGAUGCUGCGCAAGAACCAGCGUGCGCUCAACAAGGCCAUGCGGGACCUGGACAGGGAGCGGAUGAAGAUGGAGCAGCAGGAGAAGAAAGUCAUCAAUGACAUCAAAAAGCUGGCCAAAGAAGGACAGAUGGAUGCUGUUAAAAUAAUGGCAAAGGAUCUAGUGCGCACGCGGCGGUACGUGCGCAAGUUCAUGCUGAUGAAGGCGAACAUCCAGGCCGUGUCGCUCAAGAUCCAGACGCUCAAGUCGCAGAACACCAUGGCGCAGGCCAUGCGCGGCGUCACGCGCGCCAUGGCCACCAUGAACCGCCAGCUCAACAUGCCGCAGAUACAGAAGAUCCUGCAGGAGUUCGAGAAGCAGUCGGAGAUAAUGGACAUGAAGGAGGAGAUGAUGAGCGACUCCAUCGACGAGGCCAUGGCGGCAGACGACGACGAGGAGGAGAGCGACCAGGUGGUGUCGCAGAUCCUGGACGAGCUGGGGCUGCAGCUCAACGACACGCUGUCGGGCCUGCCGCAGGCCACCGGCUCGCUCUCCGUCGCAGCGCGGACGCCGGGCGCCGCCGCGCCGGUGGCGGUGGCGGGCGGCUCCGGCCCCGCGCCGCCCGACGCCGACGCCGAGCUGCAGGCCCGCCUCGACAACCUGCGCCGCGAGUAGCCGCCCUCACAACACGCUUAGUUAAGUUUAUCCACUAUAUUAUAUUAUACAUAUUUUUGUAACAUAAAUAAAAGCUUGUUUUAAAACCACUGAUAACACAAA